AGAAUCAAAAAAAUAAGGAUGCUCAAAAUGUGAAAAAAUUUGAUAAAAACAAAACAAAGCGAUUGCCAAAUAGUAAUACAAAAUUGUAUAGUGUAUAAAAAAUUAAUAAUUAUAAUACAUAUUAUUAUGUUACGAGCAACAUUUUAGAUAAAACAAAAAAAAAGCCGUCCGAGUCGUAUACAUUAUUAUGUAAAUACAUAUUUGUACACAUAUUUAUCAUUCAGUAGAGGAAAACUGUAAGAACUCAACAGACGAGCUCCUAACAAGUACAGUCGGUGAGGAAUCGUUUGUGUACCACUGGCCGCCAGUCAUCGUCGUCCACCAUCGCUUCGCGUGUCCAAAGCAGAAGGUCGCUCGCCGAGCCACCAGAGUGGUCCGACCGACCACGACCCGACGGCCACCGAGUUGGCGAAUCCCGUCGUUCCGCGGGUGGCCGGAAAACGUGUUCGGGUGACAUGACGUCUGGCUCCGUCCGUGCUCUUGUGAACCUUACCCUGUGUCGCCGUCGUCAUGUCCGACGUCUCAUCGCGUGCUCACACGACAACACUGACAAGACGAGAAGGACGACGUGCCGUCAAGCAAUCGCCGGUCGCCCUCCGCUCGGCCGUGUUAUUGCAGAGGUGACUUAGCGGCUCCGGAUCACCUGCAGCUGCCACUUGCCAGGAGACCUACCUCCGAGCACUCCACCCGGUAAAUCGUCCACAUCACGAAUACGACGCGGUCCGUCUGCUGGUGCAGAAAUAAAGUCAAACGAGUCUGUUCCUCGAUCGACUGCCGACUCCGUUUCCUGGAACCUGUGCCAGAACCGCUUCCUCGGUUCCACUCCCCAGUCCCGGUGACGGUGCGCCGCCAUCAGAUUGACCACUUGUGACAAUGGGUACAUGAUGACUGCAAUUAUACUAGAUAUUUUUGUACAGUAAAAUAGUAAUUGUUGAUUAUUUUUUUUUUUUGAGUAUGGAUUCAUAUAACAUAGUUGGUGUGCUUGGACGUGGAGCUUUUGGAGUUGUCGAAUUGGUUAGAGACUUUAAUUUAAAGAAAUUAGCUGUGAUGAAAACAAUACAUAUAAAAUCCAUGUCAACAGAGAACGUAAAGGAAGCUAUCAAAGAAAUUCAGAUUCUUCAAAUGUUAAAUCAUCCAAACAUCAUCAAAUAUUAUAAUAGUUUUCAAAAUAAACAAAGUUUUCAUAUUAUUAUGGAAUAUGCCAUACAUGGAACUCUAGAAAACUUUGUUAAUAAAUGUUCUCAAACUUCAAAUUAUAUUGCCCAAAAUUGUGUUUUAAAUAUAUUUAGUCAACUUACAAUGGCCGUGGAUUACAUUCACAAAAUGAGGAUUAUACAUAGUGAUAUUAAUCCAAUGAAUAUAUUAUUGACUGGAAAUCAAGGUACAAUAGUAAAACUUGGCGAUUUUGGUUCUUCUCGCAUAUUAACCAGUGACAAAAUUGUUGGUGAAAACCGGUGUACACCAUGUUAUAUGUCUCCUGAGCAAUGUUGUGGGAAACCUCUAAGAUUAAAAAGUGAUAUAUGGCAAAUUGGUUGUGUGUUAUAUUAUUUGAUUACUUCAAAACAUCCUUUUUAUGCUGAGAGUUUAGCAGACACUAUAUCAAGCAUCGUAGAAGGAGUUUUAAGUCUUUCAGACAAAAUGACCUUUUACGACAGUGAUGUGAUAAGGCUUUUGCAUGAGUUAUUAAAUCGUGAUCCAACAGUUCGACCUAAUGCAUCUGCUAUUCUUUCAAAUCCAUAUAUACUUCCCUAUGUAUUAAACAGCAAUUGUCAUUGGUUUAAAUCUGGUAGGAAAAAAAAUUAUUAAAUGUAUUCAUCGACACAAAUUUUUGUUAUUUAAGUGUAUUAUAAAUAACUAGUAAGAAG